GUGAAAGAGCUAGAGAUGUUCUUAUGAAAUCGAAAUUACCCUUAGACAAACUCGGCCAGAUUUGGGCAUUGGCUGAUACAAAAAAGCGAGGGAAGCUGGAUAUGGCAGAAUUUAUUAUCGCAAUGUAUUUUGUGCAAAACACUAUGAACGGUACAAUUAAAAACAUUCCAUCGGUACUCCCAGAAGGAUUCUAUGACAUGGCUUCUGGCAUAACAGCAAGUGCGUCAAGUCUUCCAACUUCACCCCAACCUGCUUCCAGGCAAAUUGCUGGGGUUGUGGAUUCUCCAAUGUCUCCUGUCAUUCAAAGCUAUUCGUGGGACGUUACUGCUGAAGAUAAAGCAACCUAUGAUAGAUAUUUCAGUUCCGUUGACGUGAUGAACAAAGGAUAUCUCACAGGCGAUGAAGCAGCGAAUUUCUUCAUGAAAUCUAGAUUAACGCCAAAUGUAUUGGCACAGAUAUGGGACCUCGCAGACGUCAGAAAAUCAGGCACUCUUAAUCGUGACGAAUUUGCUGUCGCUAUGUAUCUAAUAACAAAAAAAAUGAAUGGAACGAUUUUACCUACCACAUUACCACCAAGCCUUAUUCCACCGUCAAUGCGAUCUAUAACAACUACAUUUCCUGAUUCUUUAACAAGAUCUGGAACUAUAAAAAGCCCUCCAAUUGGAAAACGCUCUUCGUUGUUGGUAUUCGAGCAAGGUCUUAAUACCUCAUUACCAUCACCUUUCUUUAAUUCCGGUCCUGUUUCUCAGAACUCAAAUGAUUUUGAUCUACUUGGUGAUACCGAUAUAAACACCCAAGUGGCAAUUGAAAACGGUGAAAUUAGAGCACUCAAAUCACAAGCAGAUAAUUUUAGUGAAGCUAUUUCGGAAUUUAAAAUAAGUCGUGCCAAUCUUGACACAGAUUUGGCUAAUCUUGCUGUUCAAAAGAAUGAAAUAACAACUCGACUUUCUCAGGUUCGUACUUUGUAUGAUUCUGAACAUAGGUCUUUACAAGAAAUUCAAGCAAAUUAUAAAAUUGAGUACGAAAGUCUUGAGCGUGCAAGAGAAGAACUUGCUCAAGCUGAAAGAGCGUUGGAACAAUUACAGUCUGAAAGAGACCAAUUCCAAGCUAGCAUCCAAAAAGAUCGUGAAGAAAUGCUGGAUAUUAAAAGAAGAAUGAGACUCGCUGAAGAAAAAAAUGUGGCCAUAAAAGCUGAAAUUGAGAAACUCAAAACAGAAAGUAGAAAACAAAAAGGACUACUCGAUAUCAAUAGGAUGCAAUUGACAUCUGCAGAGAAAGAAAAGGAUAAAGCUUUAAAGACUCUACAAAGUCUUGAAGGUCGGGAUAUACCAGAUGAUGAUCCAUUUGGUACUGGUGCAUUUAUACCAAAUACAUCUGACAGUUCACCAUUACAAGGAAAUAUAAAUUCUCAACCUGGCUUGGAAUUUGUUGAUAAUUCAAAUCAGUCAAGAAACAUCAUCCAUAAUCAACAUCCUUCGAUAUCAUCUCUUGGAGGUGGUGUUAAAAGAACAAUGUCAAAUUCUUCACUUGCUUCUAAUUCCACUGUAGGCACAUCUAGCGUUAAAUCAUCAUCGUUUAGUUCUUCCAAAUUGGAAGAAACCAUGGUUGACAAACCAAAUUCGGUGUCCAAUUCUAAGCCGAUUGAUGUUAAUAAUAAUUUUGGUGAAAAUACAUUAAGCACCAAUCCUCAAGAUAAUGAUACAUCGGUUAAUAGUUCUCGUAGUAUAAAUUCGUUUGAUACAACAUUUAACACGCCAUUUGCAGAAUUUAAUAAAGAUAUAACAAAAUCAGAUAAUGUUCCACAACAAAUAGUUGAAAAAAAUGAAGAAAAGUCAGACACUGAUCCCUUUGCAUCAUUCAGCAAUUUCAAAAGAUCAUCAACUGGAAAAUCAGAUUACAAUUCAACCUUUUCAACAACAUUUAGCUCGAAUAAUGAUAUUGUAACAUCAGAAUCGUUUACAACUGAGUUUCCCAGUCUAGAAGAAAUUGAAGCAUCAGUGGAAAGUGGUGUCAAGAUAGGAUUUGAUAAUGACUUUUCUAGUAUUCCUACUAAUAUCGAAAAUAAAGAUGACAACAUUUUUAAUUCGGAAAUUUCAAAAGACAAUAAUAAUGAAGCCGAAAAUACACGUGAUAAUCCUGUUCUGAGUGAGCCAGAAUCUGUUUUACCAGAAAACUCCGCGACUGCUAAGGAGGUAUCCAUGGAAGAAACAAAAGAUAAAAUAAAUGUAUAUAACAAAGGAGUGGAAACACCUUUUGUUCCUGUUGUAGGAGAGAUAUCAGAAUCUUUGGGAGGAGGAUUGGCACCUUUGAAAGAUUCCGAGUCAUGGAUUUCUGUAGAGAAGUCAUCUGAAUCAAAAUCUACAACCCAAAUGGACGAUUUUGACGCGGUAUUUGCAGAUUUAACAGAUGCUAAAGUAACAAAAACGCCACCUAUUAAUUUUGAUGCAGAUUUUGACACAGACUUUAAAGAAGACUUUAAUCCCACAUUUGAUGCACCUAUCACACAUUCUAAACCUGCGUCCAACACAAGCAGUAGCGGAAAUAACUUAGGUGUAACACCAUCAAUUAGUUCAACAAAAAAUAGCUCAACAGAUUUUGAUAAAUUUGACAAGAGAUUUGGUAGUUUUGACCCCUUUUCAUCAAAUGCAUCAAGUACAACUUCAAAUGCUACUAAACCAAACUUGGUGGAAGCCGCAUUUGGUGGAAUAACAGGAGAGCCACAAAAAUCAACAAAUUCAUCUAUUGGUUUUGAUGAUGCAUUUGAAGAAUUCUUUAAAUCGCCUUCUGCACCAUCCUCAAAAACAGAACCAUCAUCAUUGGACCUAAAAUCCACAACAGCCAAUGAUUCAAAAACAUCAAUUCCAUCAGAAUCGUCACAACCAAAGGUACAAAGCAUGGACGACAAUGAUGAUGAUGUAGAGCAAGUUAAGCAAUUGAGAGCUAUGGGAUUUUCGAGAGAAAAAUCUAUAGAUGCUCUUGGAAGAUAUGAUUAUGAUAUAGAAAAGGCAUCUAAUUUUCUGUUGGAAAAUCCUUGA